CACCCUACAUAAAGCCACUCUCUCGCUCACUCUAUUUCCGCUCUCAAGUCUCACCCUCUCCCUCCGCUCGCCACUAGCCACCCACCACACUCGUUUCUCUCCCCCCUCCCAGCUCGGCUCCCUCUGCUUUCCCCUGCGCCGGGGCCGCAGGAGCGGCGUCAUCUUCCGAUGGGGAACCCGCCCGAGCUGUACCACAAGAUCCUCAACAUCCCCAAGGACACCUCGCCGCAGGAAAUCCGCGCCGCGUACAAGAACCUCGUCAAGAAAUGGCACCCCGACAAGCACCCGCCGUCGUCCAAGCCCGAGGCCGAGGCGCGCUUCAAGGCCAUCAGCGAGGCCUACGAGGCGCUCCUGGACCAGCAGGAGAACAGGGCGGUGUUCGGGCUGUGCAAUGACGGCCGGGCCGGCGAGAGGGCCGGCGGCGGCGGCGUCGGGCCGCGCAUGGAGAGGACGCGCAGCGACGACUUGUGCAUGAGGAGCGCGCCCGGCACGCCGGCGAGGGAGUUCAAGAAGGUGUACAGCUCCGGCAACUCGGGCGGGCGGCGCGCCUUCGCCGAGUUCUCCAGCUCCAUCAUGCGCAAGGCGCCGCCGCUGGAGCGCAAGCUCGAGUGCACCCUCGAGGAGCUCUGCCGCGGCUGCAAGAAGGAGGUCAAGUUCACCCGCGACGUCGUCACCAGGAACGGGUCAAUUGUGAAGAAGGAGGUGUCCCAGACGGUGGUGGUGAAGCCAGGGUGGAAGAAAGGGAAGCAGGUCGUGUUCGAAGGCAUGGGCGACGAGCGGCCGGGCUGCCUGCCCGCCGACGCGAUCUUCACCGUGUCGGAGAAGAAGCACCCGACGUUCAAGCGCGUGGGCAACGACCUGGUGCUCAAGGCCGAGGUGCCGCUGGUGAGCGCGCUCACGGGCUGGUCCCUGUCGUUCCGGCUCCUGAGCGGCAAGAAGGUGAGCCUGGCGUUCCAGGACGAGGUCAUCCGCCCCGGGCUCGAGAAGGUGAUCAGGGGCGAAGGCAUGCCCAUCCCCGAGCACAAGGGCGGCGCGCGGGGCGACCUCAGGGUGAAGCUCGAGGUCGUCUUCCCCAAGGAGCUCACCUGCGAGCAGCGCGCCGGGCUCGCCGAGAUCCUCAAAGGGUCCUGCUGCUGAUCCGGAUCGGUCGAUCGACCGAGCUUGUGGUGGUGCCGCCGUGCCGGCGCCGGGACCGACGACCGUAUCAAGUUUUCUUUGCCGAAUGUAAGAGCUAACUCCAACGGAUUGAUCUUUCUUCUUCCUCUUUCUCAUCAUAUAGGGAAUUUUUUUUCUCAAUUUCAACAUAUAUGGAAGAAGUGCUCCAGCAGAUUAAUUUUUUCCCCUUUCUAUAUGGAAAGGGAGAUGCGAUGUCUCCCCUUUCUAUUGGAGAUUGGAGAGAAAUUAUUGGAGAUUGAGAAAAAAUAAAGGAGAAAGAGAGAUGGAAAAUCAAUCUGCUGGAGUAGGUUUUUUCAAUAUCAAUCCCCUAUAUUGAGAAAAAGUGGAAAAGAAAAAAGGGAAGAUCAACCUGUUGGAGUUGCUCUUAAUACUCGUAUCAUAUCAUAGCGCGUGGGUACAUAAAAAAAGAAAGAGAGACGUCGUUGUACAUACAGGUUUUCUAUAUGAUACUAGUAGAGUGGCCCGCGCGGCAUCGCGCGUGCUGUUGAUAUGAUAAUUUAAAAUUUCAAUAUAACAAGAUGUGUUAGUCUUAUUCAUGCGAAUCAUUCAAAAAAUAGCAUUUGUAAUAUAAAGCACUCCACUGUAUCCAUAGUCUUAUAAGCUAGACCAACAUAUGCAUCAAAAGAUAGGAUGCACUGUAUCCCUAAAAAGUUUGCAAAUUGCUCUUGAUUCAAA